UCCUGAGGUUAAGAGGAAUAAAGAAAGAUAUAAUUAGACUUUUCUGUCCCUUAAAUUCAACUUGUAUAGCUGAAUGUUUGUGACUUAUUACAGAGUCUGUAACUUAAAAAUCCUUCUUAUGACCACAAGCCAAAUGGGAGAAGGCAAACUACCUCACCUUUUCAACAAACAGGGAGGAGCGAAAGGCCAGGAAUAUUCUACAUUAAAACCUACCCGACUGUGACAGUCCUGCCAAAGAGAAACUUUAAUGAAUUUCAGAAUUUCUUUUUUUGGUUAACCUGAGUGCUUCUUUUACUUUUAUCAGAUUCCAAAUGAGAGUAUACAUUUUUCUCUGUUUGAUGUGCUGGGCAAGAUCUGAGAAUAAAGGACCAUGCCUUGAAUUCUCUCAGCUAAGUGUAAAGGAUUCCUUCAAAGAUCUGUUUAUUCCCAAAAUGGAGGUAAUUCUGAUAUUGUAUACAAGGAACAACCCAAAUUGUGCAGAGCCACUGUUUCAGCAGGACAACUCACUUAAUGUUCAUUUCAACACAAGCAAGAAAACAGUCUGGCUUAUUCAUGGAUACAGACCAAUGGGCUCCACUCCAUCGUGGCUUCAGAAAUUUGUAAGGAUUUUGUUGAACCAAGACAAUGUGAAUAUAAUUAUAGUAGACUGGAACCGAGGUGCUACAACUUUUCUUUACAAUAGAGCAGUUAAAAAUACCAGAAAAGUUGCUGUGAGUUUGAGUAGGUACAUUCAUAAUCUUUUGAAGCAUGGAGCGUCUCUUGAUAAUUUUCACUUCAUAGGUGUGAGCUUAGGGGCUCAUAUUAGUGGAUUUGUUGGAAAGAUAUUUCAAGGUCAAAUUGGAAGAAUAACAGGUCUUGACCCAGCUGGGCCACAAUUCUCUGGAAAACCGUCAAAUGGCAGAUUAGAUUACACUGAUGCAAAUUUUGUGGAUGUCAUCCAUACUGAUACCAAUGGUUUAGGCAUUAAAGAACCCUUGGGACAUAUAGAUUUUUUUCCAAAUGGAGGAAAAAGGCAACCUGGCUGUCCUAAAUCCAUUUUUUCAGGACUUGAAUUUAUUAAAUGUGACCACCAGAGAGCAGUUUACUUGUUCAUGGCAGCUUUGGAAACAGGCUGCAAUUUUAUUUCACUUCCUUGUUAUUCAUACAAACAUUACAAGACUGGUUUGUGCGUGGAUUGUGACAACUUUAAGGAAAAAUCAUGUCCUAAACUAGGUUAUCAAACUGAGCUAUGGAAAGAUGAUUUAAAAGAAAGAAUAGAAAACAGAUCUCUCAGGACGACUGUGUUUUUGGAUACUACUGACACAAAUCCUUUCUGUACCUAUUACUUUGUCCUCAGUAUAAUUGUUCUGGAUAAAACUAUGAAGGAUGGCUAUGUUACAUUUAAAUUAUUAAAUCAGCUUGGAAUGGUCGAAGAGCCAAGGCUCUAUGAGAAGAACAAGUCAUUUUAUAAACUUCAGGAAUUCAAGAUUCUUGCUCAAUUUUUAAAUGAUGUUGUAAAUAUUUCAAGCAUUGGUUUGACUUAUUUUCAAAGCUCAAAUCAGCAAUGUUCCACAUGCAAAUACACUAUUCAGCGUCUCAUGUUAACAUCACUGACAUAUCCAGAAAGACUACCACUUUGCACCUAUAAUUUUGUACUUAAAGAAAGCGAAGAAAUAUUUCUCAGCCCAAUCAUAUGCACACCAAAUGAAAUAUAAAAUACCUUCUUCCAUCAAAUGUAACAACUUGUUUGUAAAUUAAAGAACUUGUAAAUGGGAACAAUGCAAUCAGUAUUUUUUUAGAAUGCAUUGUUCAAUCUGGAAUUC